CAACACGUCUAGUUCACAGCAGACUGAAAAACUUUUGCACUCUUGUGGAUUUAUCCAGCAAACUUCGACCUUUUCGAUCCAGGACAACCUAUUCAGCUUCUCGGACGUGUUUGUGGCUUUGCUUGGGUGCGUGUGUGUGUGGGUUGUUUUUUUUUCUAGAGAUGCCGAGGAAGAAGAACUUCAGGAUUUCGCAGGCGGCUCGGAGGAGGGCUGCGGACAGACGGACCCUUGACGUUUCUCCUCAGGUUCCCAUGGACCGCUGUGCACCGCAUGGCACUGGGCACCGGCACAAGGUGAGGAGGUGGGAGGUGUCGGUGCUCACAGGGCGGCAGCACAAGUUGGUUCUUCCGUCGGAGUCCCACGGCAAAAAGGUGGUUUUUGCUAUUGGUGACUCCCAUCUUCGAAGCCUUGCAGAUGGCAUCGUGCGGUUGCCUGAGGGUCGUCUGGCGUGGGGGUUCAUGUCAACGCCGGGGGCAAGCGCCACCGAGUUGAGAACUGAGGUGCUUCAUGCUGAGGUGCCUCAGGAUCCCGACUUGGUGUGCGUCUUGGCUCCGAGCAAUGACUUGACCGCCAAGCACACCAUCGGCCGUGCGGCUGCAGACUUCCAGCGGUACCUAGCCACCGUCUGCAGUCGCUGGCCGAAGGUGUGUGUGCUGGACUUUCCUCCGAGGUUGACCGUUGAGGACUCCCUGCAAGAGCUCUACCGCCAGGAGUUCCACCGGGUGGCAGCCCGCAUGGCUGUGAAGUACUUCCACAUCGCGGACCACUUCCCCCGGCAGUGUCUCAACCUGUGGAGUCGCGAUGGUGUCCACCUGAGUGAUGACGUCGGCAUGGAGAUCUUCGCCCAGCUGCUGUGGACGGUUGCUUACACGCAACUGGAGACCGUGCCGCCAGCCCCGCCGGUGUGUCGUCCAUCCCCACCUUCUCGCUUCACUCCUCGUGUGGUUGUGAAGGGAGAGGUGAGGGUGCGUCGCAGCCCUGGGCCCGAGGAGUGGACUGUCGUUGGUCCGAGCGGCAAGUCCUCUGGAGGAUGCAGUGCAGUUCAGCGGGAGCCGGCUGGCAUCCCCCUGAAUCCUGUGCUGUUCAGCAGUGAGAUGUUGGAGGAGAUGGAGAAGGUUUCUCCAUCAAAUCUGACAUCUCCUGCUGACUUUGCUGGUGUUUCACCGCCAAAGACGCUGCGUGUGAAACACCACUCCAAGAGGACUCGAAGGGUAAGUAGAUUUUGGAAAUAAAUCUUUGUAUUUAUU